AUGGCGGACGACUCGGAGCCGAUGCAGCUGGAUGCGGAAGGGGAUGAGGACUUCGACGACGACGAGGAGGAUUACGACGGGGGGGAGGACAAGGUCGGGGAGGUCGUCAACGUGACGAAAGAUGGCGGUGUGAAGAAGAAGAUCAUCACUGCCGGCAAGGGGUACCUGACGCCGGAGAAGGGCGACGUCGUGGAAGUGCACUAUGUGGGCACCCUUGCAGAUGGGGGAGAGAAGUUUGACUCCAGCAGGGAUCGGGACACCCCAUUCACCUUCAACCUUGGAAAGGGUGAGGUGAUCAAGGGUUGGGAUGAGGGCGUGGCACGUAUGAAAAAGGGUGAGAAGGCUGUCCUGACAUGUGCACCCAAGUAUGCCUACGGUGAAGCUGGUUCCCCACCAAAAAUCCCAGCGAAUGCGACACUCGAUUUCGAGGUGGAGCUGCUGGGCUGGAAGAGCGUGAAGGACAUCGCGGGGGAUGGUGGCGUCAUCAAAACCACAAUGGUUGAGGGGGAGGGGUGGGAGAAUCCCAGGGACAAGGAUGAGGUGCUUGUGAAGUAUGAGGCCAAGGUGAAGGGUGCUGAUGCCCCGUUCACCACGCAGGAGGUGGAAUUCACUGUGAGUGAAGGGCACUUCUGCAAGGCACUGCCAAUAGCAGUCAAGAAGAUGAAGAAGGGGGAGAAGGCUUCUCUGAUAGUGAACGCAGAAUAUGGCCUUGGUGAGGCUGGCCAGCCCCCUGAGGUGCCCCCCAACUCAGAGCUGGAGAUCUCCUUGGAGCUGGUGUCGUGGAAGAAGGUGGACGACGUCACUGAUGAUAGCCUGGUGAUCAAGAAGACCUUGAAAAAGGGCACGGGCUACAGCAAGCCUAAGGAGAUGGCCACAGUGACCAUCAAGUACACUGCUAGGCUGGAGGAUGGAACAGUCUUUGAGGAGAACAACGAGCUCAAGUUUGUCACGGAUGAAGAUCAAGUCAUCCGGGGCCUUGACCUGGCAGUGAUGAAGAUGGAGAAGGAGGAAGUCGCAUUGGUGACCAUCGGCCCCAGCUAUGCAUUCGGCGACUGCGACACAAAACGGGACAAGGCCAUGGUGCCUGCCGGCUCCACGGUUGUGUACGAAGUGGAGCUGCUCUCUAUGGACAACCCCAAGAGCUCCUAUGACAUGUCCACUGAGGAGAAGAUCGAAGACGCAAAGGUAAAGAAGGAGAAGGGCAACACGGCGUACAAGGAAGGCAAGCUGUCCCGUGCCAUAAAGCGGUACAAUGAUGCGAUAAGGGCCGUUGAGCAUGACAAUGAGUUUGGAGACCUCAAAAAGGACUCCAAGGAGCUGAAGAAGUCGUUGUGGCUCAACCUGGCAGCCGCCCACCUGAAGCAGAAGAGCUACAAGGAUGUCAUUCAAAACUGCACAAAGGUGCUUGAACUGGACUUGAACAACGUGAAGGCCCUGUACCGACGAGCCCAGGCCCACAUGGGGCGGGCAGAGUACCUGGAGGCCGAGAUGGACCUCAAAAAGGCCCGCCAGGCAGAACCAGACAACAAGGACUUGGCCGUGCUCUACGCUCGCAUGCGCAAGCAAAUGAAGGCCGCCACCAAGAAGGAGGCCGCGAUGUACUCCACCAUGUUCAGCAAACUGGCCAAGCUGAAGGACCCAGUGGAGCCGGCGCAGCCCAUUGAGGCAGAGCCCGUUGUGGACGAGGGCCCGUCUGCCGACGAGCCCGGCCCCAGCGGAUCCGGCGAGGCAGAGCCGAUGGAGGUGUGA